AUGCCUUUAACUCGUGUUGCUGUGCAGCCUUUGGCGAUCAUGAAGGACAAGAAAGAUCGAACAAGCCCUUUCAUUGUGCAAGAAUGCAAAUUGUGGAAGAAUGCAACUAAGUCCGAAUUGCCAAAUGUCAACCCACGUUUGGCUGAAAGAUGCGACUCGCAGCUGUCCGCCUACUCUGAGAAGCAAGAUAUCUGCCGCAUUUGUCACUGCGAGGCCGAGCUGGCCAACAAACUUAUCUCCCCCUGCCUUUGUUCCGGAAGUCUCAAGUACAUACACCUGUGCUGCCUGCAAAAAUGGAUUAAAAGUUCCGACAAGAAAUCCUGCGAGCUCUGUAAUUUUGAUUACAUUAUGACAAUGAAGAUACGGCCUUUUAAACAG